AUGUCUAAAGAAGAAAUCAUGUCACAGGCGAAGAAGGUGAAAGUCAACGUGGAAGAAGUCUCCACCCAGAAGAAACUAGAAGCCAAGGAUAUAGAGAACAUGAGUGAUUCCAACCAAGACAUCAAGAAUCGUUUGGCAGAGACUGUGCGAGACAAUGCCAAACAUCUUCUGAGCCCUGACAGGAAGGUGAAUGGGAUGCCAGUUCCUGCUCUGCAGCCACAACUCUUCACCGGUGGGGUCAUGAGGUGGUAUCAGAUCGAAGGCAUCGAGUGGCUUCGGAUGCUGUGGGAGAAUGGCAUCAAUGGGAUCCUGGCUGAUGAAAUGGGACUGGGAAAGACAAUUCAGUGUAUUGCACACAUCGCCAUGAUGAUUGAAAAGAAAGUCAUGGGCCCAUUCUUGGUGGUGGCACCACUCUCAACUCUGCCCAACUGGAUCAAUGAAUUCAAACGCUUCACACCCGAGGUGUCUGUGCUGCUUUAUCAUGGCCCCCAACCAGAGAGGGGUAAACUGCGAAAGAAAAUGAACAGAUUCCAGGGGUCUCUCAAUAUGUAUCCUGUCGUUGUCACCUCAUUUGAGAUUGCAAUGAUUGACCGAAAGUUUCUUCAGCGGUAUCAGUGGAAGUACUUGAUUGUGGAUGAAGGCCACAGAAUUAAAAACCUCAACUGUCGACUAGUGAGGGAAUUGAAAACGCUGCCCACCGACAACAAGCUGCUGCUUACCGGGACUCCACUUCAGAACAACUUGGCUGAGCUCUGGUCUCUACUCAAUUUUCUCUUGCCAGAGGUUUUUGAUGACCUGAAGAGCUUUCAAUCUUGGUUUGACAUUGACACACUCGGCGAGGCUGAAAGUUUGGUGGCCGCUGAGCGCGAACAGAGCAUUCUGAGCAUAUUGCACCAGAUUCUGACUCCUUUCCUGUUGAGGAGAUUGAAGAGCGAUGUGACACUGGAGGUUCCUCCAAAGAAAGAGAUAAUUGUUUAUGCCCCUCUGGCUGCCAAACAGGAGAUUUUCUACACUGCUGUGAUGAACAAAACCAUCGCACAAGUGCUUGGUCAACAAAAGAGUGAAACGCCUGUGUAUUUGACACCAAAUGGUAGACCAAAGCGUCGCACUCAAAAGAUUGUUGACUACAAUGAAGCAGAGGAUGAUACUCCUCUAAGCCUGGAGAAAUAUCUGGAAAAGAUCCAAAAGGAGCAGGAGAAGAGUCCCUCUCCAAUACUGGACAUCCAGUGCCCUCUGGAUGCUGAGAUAAACCUGAAGAUGCGAAAUAUCUUAAUGCUGCUGAAAAAGUGCUGUAAUCAUCCUUACCUGAUAGAAUAUCCCCUGAAUCCGGCCACACAAGAAUUUAAGAUUGAUGAGCAGCUCGUACAGUGUUCUGGGAAAUUUCUUAUACUGGACAGACUCCUGCCUGCACUCAAGGAACGAGGACACAAGGUACUCAUCUUCAGUCAGAUGACUUCCAUUUUGGACCUUUUAAUGGAUUAUUGCUAUUUGCGUGGCUUCAACUACAGCAGAUUGGAUGGCAGCAUGUCGUAUCCUGACAGAGAAGAAAAUAUGGCCAAGUUUAACAAAGAUCCAGAUGUUUUCAUUUUUCUACUCAGCACCAGAGCUGGAGGACUUGGGAUCAACCUGACAGCUGCUGACACUGUCAUUAUUUUUGACAGUGACUGGAACCCCCAGGCAGACCUGCAGGCUCAGGACCGCUGUCAUCGCAUUGGGCAGACCAAACCAGUGGUGGUGUAUCGCCUGGUUACAGCAAACACCAUUGACCAAAAGAUUCUGGAAAGAGCCUCAGCAAAGCGAAAACUGGAACAGAUGGUCAUUCAUAAGAAUAAGUUCAAAGGUAGCAGGGCAGAGUUGAAGCAACCUAAAAGCUGCAUUGAUCUGGAUGAGUUGAUGGAGCUGCUCCAAGCUAGAGGCACUGAGAAGCAAGUGAAAGCAUCUAGGGGGAAGGUGAUCAGCGAUAAAGACCUGGAAAUUUUAUUGGACCGUAGCGACUUGCUAGGUGGGUAA